AUGGCGUCUCCCUUGCGCAGAUCUGCGCGUGGCGCCAGAAACGCGGACCCAUCGGCCACCACGCCAGAGCCGUCCGCUAUCUCACCGUCGUCCUCACCCAGCAAAGCCGACCGCAAACGUAAGCGUGCAGACGAUCCCGCCGUUCCUUCCAACGACCUAAACGGAGCCAACGGGCAGGUGGCCGACUCAGCAGCCGAUUCUAGCGCGGAAAGCAUCGACAGAGGGACCGCUGCCGACUCUACUCAGGCCAAUGGCGACGACGCGGACGCCCCUACCAUCGAUCCAAGCUCACAGAAACCACAGCUAUCCAAAAAGAUCCAGUCGCUCCUCGGCUUUACCGGCUCCUCCACCGCAUCAUUGCAGGCAUCCCACAGCGCGCAAGCUGGCCUGGAAACGGCCUCCGCUAAGGUGCAAGAGCUACUUCUCAGCCAACACGACGCUCACAAGCUCUCCACCAUCCUCGCUGCUCUCGGCAGCGCAGAUCUCAUCGCCCUGGCUCCUCCAACAUCUGCCAAGGGCAAAUUGCGCAGUGCUAAUGGCACGUCGGACCCUGCGCCGACCCUUCAAGGUUUGCUGCGUCCUGGUGCCAGCUUGCGCGAGCUGAGCGCACAUCUGCAAAGUAUUCGCGAGCCGCUCCUCGCCAAGCCCGACAUUGCUCGACAUCUCAACGCCGGCCACAGCGCAGCGGCAUCUGCGCAAGUCGCCAAGGACCUGGCCCGGCUCUCGACGCUCACCCUUGUCCUUGGACUUAUCGACCAGCUGGCUUCAGAUCUGCGCCAAGCAGACACAAGCACUGACGCUCUCAAAGGUCGACUUUUGAGUGCGUUCGUAGAAGAGAGGGCGAAGUCUUUGGAGGCAAGCAACGCCCGCAAGCAUAGCAAGGUCAACGCCAUUAUUGCCAAACAACCUCCAAGCAACAAUGUCGGACGCUCCGAAGACGUCGACUCAUCCGCCAACAGGUACGCUCUGCACAUGCGACUCCCCCGCGGAGACUACUUCACCAAAGCUAUCACUCUCGAUCCAGCACAACUCAAGCAACUUGACCCUGCUCAAGCUGACUUGGUGCAGAUCAGCGCACAGAGCGAAGAGCAAAUGCGUGCACUCAAACGACCGGGUCUUGUACCUACGCCGACCCUUGGUCAAAGACUAGGCCGAAACGGCCCGCGACAUCGUAUCGACUCCAAACGCGCCGCCCAUCACCACGGCCGGAUUCAACCGGUCACGUUCCUCAGCUAUGGCAACUACAGCUCGUUUGCACCCUCGUAUGACUCGUCUGCCUCUUCCGUCAGCUAUGGGCCCAGCAGCAAUCUCUGGCGUGAUAAGGCGCGCUCCCAGCAUUCGACCUCCUUGGCGUGGGGCGAGAGGCCUUUUGUGUCCUACGAGGAUGAAGAAUACGAAGAGGAGGAUCUCGAUUCGGAUGCGCACGUGGCACCGUCGGGCAACGUCGACAAUGACGGCGACAUCUCCAUGGACGAAGCACAAGGCGACCCACUCGCUGAAGCGCUGCAGAGCUUGCUGCAAGACGUCGACCAAGAUCGAGUCGGCAAAAGCCUGGCGAAGCUCGACCAGGACGAGCUCGUGACCGAGCAUCUCCGUUUCAACAUGAUGCUUCUGCAUCGCUUGCAAGAGUUCCAAUGGGCGAGGCUGCGCAAAACCUACCGUCCUUCUGGCUCCGGCCGUUCGAGCUCUCUGGCUGUCGAAGACGAAGCACCGAGCGCAGAGGAAGAGGCCACAGCAUCGCUCCUCCUCGAGUCUCUCAGCUCGCUCGUUGCGUUGCGGCCACGUGCUGUAGACCUGAGCUCCAACGUCGUUGAUGGCGUAGUUCCAGACGCGGCGAAGUUGCGCGCCUUCUCCGCCAGCAGCGGCGCGAUCGAUCCGGAUCUCCUCGGCGACGUUCGCGACGGCUUCUGGGGAGCACUGGACUCCAAUGUGGUCAAAAUUACGAAAACGGGCGGCGUGCUCACGGAGACGCCCUUGGUGUUGCGCGACGACACGACGAUACGCCUGACAGAUGGAAGCGGCUCGAAAGUCAAGAAGCCUGCACGCCGGAACGGUGCGAGCAACGUCGAAGACCGUGGUCGAGGCGCUCUGGAACGAUUUGCUGGCAGCCGUACUUAUGAUCACAAGCAGGAUCGUCACGACAUGGAUCCCGCUCAUACAGAUACUGCGACAGGUGCAGGUAGCGAGCAGCGUACCUCGAUGCCGAGAGCAGAGAUGUCUUCACCGGCAGCACGACCCGCAGCCAUGUCGCCGAACGCUCGCAUGCAUUCCGGGUAUGGACCAGGUCCGGUACCAGGUAUGUCGCCUCAUACGCAACGAGGUGUGCCAGGUCCCAACGCAUCAUACGCUUUUGCGAGUCCAAGCGGUGGACUGAGCUACCAGGCUCGUCCCAUGCAACCGAACGCUCAAGGCUCAUUUGCGCAUCCGGUGGCCAACCGGGCUGGACAGGCUCAGUCUGCUCGCCAAUCUUAG